AUGGCGGGGCCCGGGAGUGAGGCCCGCUUCGCCGGGCUGUCGCUGGUGCAGCUCAACGAGUUGCUGGAGGACGAGGGGCAGCUGACGGAAAUGGUGCAGAAGAUGGAGGAGACACAGAAUGUGCAGCUUAACAAAGAAAUGACGCUCACCAGCAACCGGAGCCUGGCAGAAGGGAACCUGUUGUACCAGCCACAGCUGGACUCCCUGAAAGCAAGUCUGACGCAAAAAUACCAGGAGCUUCAGCUGCUCUUCGAAGCCUAUCAGAUAAAGCAGACCAAGCUGGAUAAACAGUCGAAGAGUGCUUCCUUGGAGACCCUCCUGGCACUUCUCCAAGCUGAAGGGGCCAAGAUUGAGGAAGACACGGAGAACAUGGCGGAGAAGUUUCUUGAUGGUGAGCUUCCCCUCGAUGCCUUCAUUGAUGUCUAUCAGAGCCAGCGGAAACUGGCCCACAUGCGGAGAGUUAAAAUUGAGAAACUCCAGGAGAUGGUGCUAAAGGGGCAGAGACUCCCGCAGGCCCCGGCCCCGCUGCCACCCAGGAUGUCAGAGCCCAUGCCUGUUGCCCCCCUGCCCUACUCUGUCCCCGAGGCCAGUGGGCCAACCACUGUCGCGCCACGGCGCAUCCCCCCUCCGGUGCCAACAGGACGCUUAGCCACCCCGUUCACAUCCGCCACAGGCUCGGGACAGGCCCUCCUGUACCCUGGAUUACAGUGCCCUCCACUGCCACCCCGAGUGGGCCUCCCCCCGCAGCAGGGCUUCUCCACGCAGUUUGCGACACCAUACCCGCCAGCCCUCCCUCAGCGGCCCCCACCCCGGCUGCCCCCGCACCAGCCGGGCUUCAUCCUCCAUUGA